GGUGGUUUUUUUUGUUAAUUUUAAUUUUUUGGAAAUUUUUUUUGCGAAUUUUGACCUUUUUAACAAUUUUUUAAAAAAUCUCGACCUUUUAAGAUUUUUAUUUGUUGGUCUUUUGACAUGAAAUCCUUCCUUUCCUUUCCCAUCAUUUUCCACUUCAUACACAUUUCCUCUUCCUCCCCUCGUUUUCAUCAUCCUUCAAAUUUAUAUAUUAUUCUCCUCCCCCUUCCUCCUCCUUGCUUGUGCCAAAUCUCACUAAUUGCAAUGAGUGCUAAUAUAUAAGGGAGGGAGAAGAAAUCCCGCAAAAUCCUCCCUUCCUUUGUGGCCAAAUGAAUUUUGUUUUGUUUUGUUAUUUGUAGUAAAUAUAUAACAAUAAAAUUGUUUUUAUAUAAAAUAUAAAGUACUUGGCACGCUAUUUUAUUUAUUUAAAAGUAAACAGAAUCAAUAAGUUUUUAAAACUAUUUGUUGAAUGUUUUUAACUGUUGAUUUUUACCAAAACUUGUUUUUACAAUUUUUAUUUUUCCUCAACUUGUUUUUACAAUCCUUGCUUUACAAUUGUUUUACAGUUUAGUAUUUUCUCAGCUUGUUUUACAAUUUUUUGUUCCCCAACAUUGUUUUUAUAAUUUUUAUUUUUUCUCCUUGUUUUACAACUUGGAAUUUUUCCAGCUUGUUUUACAACUUGUUUCACAAUUUUAACAAUCCUUUUGUGUUGCUUUUUUUACAAUCCUUUUUCUCCAACUUGUUGUUCCCCAACUUGUUUUUACAAUUUUGUUUUUACUUCUCCAACUUUUUUUUUACAAUUUUUAUUAACCUUUUUUCAGGAACUUUUGCAACUUUUUAAACAAAACAUUUUUCUCUUCUUUUUCUUUUUACAAACAUUUGUUCUAGUUUUUUUCC